ACCUCCCCAUUUCAAAAGACAGAGCCCAUGAGCAUUCUGGAAUUCGGCUCUUUCCCCCCCUCUCUCUUUCUCUCUAUCCAAACCAUCAAAACCAAGAUCAGAUCCCAUGGCCAAAGUCCCUGAAGAAAAAUCCGUCCCCGCCCUUCCACCAUGGCGUCUCCAAGAUUUCGAGAUCGGCAAGCCGCUAGGACGAGGAAAAUUCGGAAAGGUCUACCUCGCACGAGAAAAACAGAGCAAAUACAUCGUCGCACUCAAGAUCAUAUUCAAAGAACAGCUGGAAAAGUACCGGCUCCACCACCAACUGCGGCGCGAGAUCGAGAUCCAGAGCAGCCUCACCCACCCCAACGUUCUCCGCCUCUUCGGUUGGUUCCAUGAUGAGGACCGCAUUUUCUUGAUUCUUGAGUAUGCCGCUCGGGGAGAGCUCUUCAAAGAGCUUCGGAAGUCGGAGUACCUUUCAGAAAGACGGGCCGCCACGUAUAUUGCGAGUCUGGCAAAGGCAUUGGCUUACUGCCACGAGAAGCAUGUCAUUCACAGGGAUAUCAAGCCCGAGAAUCUGUUGCUGGAUUUGGAGGGCCGACUGAAAAUUGCAGAUUUUGGAUGGUCAGUACAAUCCAGAACAAAAAGGCACACCAUGUGCGGAACUUUGGAUUAUCUAGCACCAGAAAUGGUAACAAACAAAGCACAUGACUACACAGUCGACAACUGGACCUUGGGCAUCCUCUUGUUUGAGUUCCUUUAUGGUGCCCCACCUUUCGAAGCCGAGAGCCAGGAAGAUACAUUCAGAAGGAUUGUGGAGAUUGACUUGAGUUUUCCUCCCACCCCUCAUGUGUCUGCAGAAGCAAAGGACCUGAUAUGUCGGCUUCUGGUGAAGGAUUCUUUGAAGAGACUCUCCCUCGAGAAAAUUCUAGAUCAUCCGUGGAUUAUCAGGAAUGCGGACCCCUCUGGUACUUGCAAUGAGAAGGGUGUUGAGUCCAAGUGACAAGAUUGCUAGGCCAUUUUGCAACUGACGACUGUAUGACGAAGAGAAAUGAUGAACGUUUCGUUCUUCUAUGUUGAGGGAAACAAGCCAUGAGUUUCUGCCCGUUGUAUCAUAUCAGCUGCAGAGCUCAGCAACUGCUUCUUUUUCUUUGUUCUUUCCUGAGACUGGCUUUUGUAACUCUCCAGAUUUUAAAACGAAAAUCAUCUGCAAGGCAUUGAGCAGAACACUAACAUCAGUCAAAAGUAAUAGAUUUUUGUCAGUUUGUGCAGACAA